UUUCUGGAAGAACAAAGGGCUUUUUACAUUUUGAUUUUCCCCUGGAUUUUUAUUGGACACUUGGGAAUUGACUGAUGGGGCCCUCUGAAGAAUUACCCAUGGAUCCACUUGAAUCCUCUCUGUGCAAUCAAAGUCACAGUUAUGAAAAGACAGAGGACACAUCAGAAAAGACAUCCUUGGCUGACCAAGAAGAUGCCCGACUGAUAUACCUCAACCAGCCGCAGUUCACAAAGUUCUGCAGCAACCGAGUCAGCACAGCCAAAUAUAACGUCCUCACCUUCCUCCCGCGAUUCCUCUACUCACAGUUUAGGAGGGCAGCCAACGCCUUCUUUCUCUUCAUUGCACUCUUGCAGCAAAUUCCAGAUGUGUCUCCCACGGGUCGCUGGACCACGCUGGUGCCUCUGCUCUUCAUCCUCGUGGUGGCCGCUGUCAAAGAGAUCAUCGAGGACCUGAAACGUCACAAUGCCGACAAUGUGGUCAACAAAAAGGAAUGUCAAGUACUGAGAAAUGGUGCCUGGGAGAUUGUGCACUGGGAGAAGGUGGCUAUUGGGGAAGUAGUCAGAGCUGCAAACGGGGAUCACCUCCCGGCUGACCUCGUCAUUCUGUCGUCCAGUGAACCACAGGGUAUGUGCUACAUUGAAACAUCACACCUCGACGGAGAAAAACAAACCUUAAAUAAGACAGACAUAAAGGAGAUUGACAACCUGAUGCGCCUGUCCGGUCGGAUGGAGUGCGAAAGCCCCAAUCGCCAUUUGUACGAGUUUGUUGGAAACAUCCGGCUGACUGGACACAGCACAGUGCCACUGGGCCCAGACCAGAUCCUGCUGAGAGGAGCGCAGCUGAGAAACACGCAGUGGGUCCAUGGCGUGGUGGUCUACACAGGACACGACACAAAGCUCAUGCAGAAUUCCACUCGGCCUCCUCUGAAGCUGUCCAACGUGGAGCGAAUCACCAACUUUCAGAUCCUGGUGCUGUUUGGCUGCCUGCUGGCCAUCUCUCUGGUCUGCUCCAUCGGCCAAACCAUCUGGAAGUACCAGUACGGCAAUGAUGCCUGGUACAUGGACCUCAACUCUCCAGGUAACAACCAUUUAAAAGCCUUGGCCAUCCGUGAAUGACCCUCCCUUACUAACCCCUUACUGAAGCUCUGCCUUUGCUAAGCAAAUGAAGCCCCCUACCCUCGCCCCCUAUAUGGCUGCCCUACUUUGUAUGGGCCCAUGCCAUGGACAAGCACAUACCAGGGAUCCAACAAUAGGUUUUUCCCCUCCAGCUCUCUUAUACCUCCGUCUAGUUAUUUUCAGUGCUUGAUGCAAACAGUGUUUCACUUUUCCUCCAUUUUUUGUAUUUAUUUUUUUGUGCCACGUUAAACGCUUUGCAGCUCCCAAGCUUCAGACUGUCAUUUUUUUUGUCCCCUCAUAUUUAUAUGCAUAUUUAUAUAUAUAUAUAUAUAUAUUUCUCUUCUCCAAGAAAUGAAUAGCAGCAUUUACUUUGACUGCAAGGCAGAUGAGGUUGUGCUCAGGAAGCUUUUCAUCGCAGGAGGCUUAUAUGUGUUUAUUGCUUGAACACAACAUGCGAUGCAACCCGAGGGGCUCGAGCUGACAUUUUCUAAAUGCCUCCGCCGCCCUCCAUUCUUGUGUGGAUCUUUCAAAGGACAGAUAGACGGGGAGGGG